AUGUCAAUCACUGAAGAAAUUCAGGAGCCGGUCUUUGCACCAGCGCCUGAUGUGCAGCCGUUUGCAACCGCCUCUCCGCGCACUCUCCCGCCCAGGCCGAAACCCCCAAAGACCGUCAGGGGCCUUCCUAUGCAUCAAAGGAAGCUCUAUAGGAACUUGGCUAGACAGACCCCACGGGUUCAGGGCUUGACGUUUGACCACAAUCAGAUUCGUUGGAUUUCCUACUGGAAGAAUGAGCAGAAUAAGCAAGUGCAAAAGCACUUCCCUGUCAGCCGGUAUGGAUUUUUUGGGGCAAGGGCAAUGGCUCUAGAGGAACGCAACCGCAUCCAGGGGUGGCCGCUUGAUGCGGACGAAGCUUUUGAUGCAAUUGAAAGGCUGAAGGUGGACGCAACUCGGGAGGAAGGGGCCAUUGCCAAUCGUGAAGAUUCGCAGCAGCAGGACACAGACGAUGAGCAUCCAACUGCCCAGGAAUUAGACGAAGUCACACAAGCACACACUGCAGGGGAAGAUGGAGAGGACGGCCACGAGAGGCGCAGGCCAGUCGUAGGCUCGAUCAUCCGUCGUAGGAGAGCCCGUCAAAGAGUUAUCAGACGGAAGACAAAUGCCGGAACUCAGACAGAUCGUCGUACUACCACUUACGCAGGAGGCCAGGGGCCACCUGACAUGACAAGUGAACCAUAUACCCCAGCUGAACUUCGUGAAGCCUCAGCAAUACCCCCUCCUGCAACUUACGCAGAGUUCCUGGCACGAGCCUAUACCGCAUCCGCAUCAGUUCAUAGCGUCACAUCAAUGCAGUCACCCGUGAUGAGGCGGCACGCUCAAGCCGCAGAACUUUUUGCACGACAGCACAAGAACGGGGAAUUGGCCGAUGUGCUGUUGGCACUGUCGCCGGUCCUCAGCGCAGGCAUGGUAUACCUGGAAGGGCAAGCGGUAGAAGCACAGAAUUCAGGAGCGAGUCGUCUUGUGUCAAUGGCAUCUAGUAGUUUUGAAGAACCAGAGCCUCUCGUUGAACCGAACGCAUUGCCUGACCAAGAACCAGACGCCCUUAGAGAUCUCUUGAAUUGCGUCGUCUCCAGACCAACGGAUACUGGCGUAGACUGGGAUGCCGAAGCCUCCAACACAGCAUCGAUCGUUGAUGUCAGCCGGCCCACAAGAAACCCUAACCAGCAGCAGCAGCGACCAUUCUCAAGUACACGCAUGAAAACGUAG